GGACUUUGGGAUUAUGCGGUUCAGAAACGAGUGGCUUAAUGAUCAUCAGGAUCUACGUCAAUACAAUAAAGUAGCAUAGAAAAUGAUAAUUAGUUCACAUCCAUCAUCAAACAGUAAAACCGGUUAAGUCCCUUACUUUCUCCAUUGAAAAGUUUCCAUGAAUAUCCAGGGCUUGAUAUUUGUUUUGGCAGCCUUUUGCUGCAAAUUCUCUACAGCAGAAUUCUACAAUGUGGCGAUAAUGGAGUACGCGAUCAAUACAAACUUUUCCCAACCCUCAGAGUCGAUUUUACAGGAAAAUACUCGCAAUUAUUUAGAUUUGAUAGGGGAUUUAGUUAAAAACCACUCCGAUCCGGCACUGGACUUGAUAAUUUUCCCAGAAUCCACUCUAUCUCCAUCUCAAACUAUCUCCACUACAUCUGCCCAAUUACCAGCUGACCAAGAAGUUCUAUGCAAUUCCAACGGCUCUUACUUAGAGUUUUUAAAGGACAUUUCCUGUGCAUCCAUCAACUACAAUACAACCAUCAUCAUCAACUUUACAGAGAAGGAAAUUUGCCAAGCCGGAGAAGGAGAAUGCCCGGAAACAGGCGAAAUCUUCUAUAAUACGAACAUCGCUUUGGGUACCGAAGGAACCAUCAUUGGCAGGUAUCGCAAGUGGAACCUGUUUGGAGAAUAUGCCAAGAGUAAGCCUGCCAGUUUGGAUUUGCCGGUUUUUUCCAUAAAAAAUACGUCCUUUGGAAUGAUGACCUGCUUCGAUAUUCAAUUUGGAGUACCAGCCUUCAACUUAACCAGGGACAAACGAGUGGAAAAUGUGAUUUUUCCUUUGUACUGGAUAUCUGAACUGCCAUAUUUAACAGCUCUACAAGUGGAGCAAAUGUGGGCCCAAGAGUUUGACGUGGUUCUAUUGGCCUCUGGAGCAAGUUUACCCAGAACUGGGGCCGGAGGAUCCGGAAUUUUCCUAGGCAAAGAAGGAACGUUACAGAGUGAGAUUUUGCCAGAAAGCGGCACCAGAGUUUUGGUCCACCGAGUGCCAACAGACAAGAGCCGAUUCCAAACUCCAUACGAAGAAACCAACAGCACAAUAACAGACGAAUUGGCUCUGGAUCUGGAUGAUUUUUACAUGCUUGUUGAUCCUUCAAUUAGGGAGCACAACUCGGUUAUUCUCAAUACUAGUCAAGAGCGAGUUGAAACCACAGUAUGCCAUGGAGAAGACAGCAAUGCGCUUUGCUGUGACUUCAAUGUGUCCCUAUUUCUAAACGCCGUAGACGAGUCUCUAAGCGUUUACACUUAUCAUUUGGUGGCGUUUAACGGCAUUAGAACAUUCUCUGGACUGUACUAUGGCGGCGUUGAGACCUGCGGGAUUGUGGCCUGUUUAAAUCAGUCCGUUGAGUCCUGUGGACAAAGGUUUCCAAACUACAGCCAGAUUGCUUGGCCAGUCACGUUCAGCUCUAUCACGGUUUUGGGAAAAUUCGCUCACUCAGCUCAACGAGUUGAAUAUCCCACCACUUUGCUGAGCUCAAUUCGGCCGCUGCCCGUGAAAGAAUACACUUGGACUAGCCAGACUGGGGCUGGGAUUGUUGAAAAAAAUAUUACUUUGCUAAAGCCCCAAAACAGACUGUUGGCUUUCGGGAUAUUCGGCAGGGACUAUGAACGGGAUUGGGAUCCCAUUAGGAGCCCACCCAGCAGCGACAGCAUCACUUGCUCUGUAACACUUUCCAUUUUUCCUCUGCUUAUUGUCGUGCUGCUCAACCUAAGGUUCCGAUACGGUUAGUGCAUUCCAAAGCCAAGGGUUAAAAAACUCCAUCAAGGGAGUUGGUUGAAUGUGAAAAGACCGGCGCAAG